AUGUGGUCCACUGAAAGCAUGGAGCCGGAGAAAGCGCACACCCAGAGCAGCUUCUUCAGCAAGGUGGAUGUGCCUGACCAUGUUCACUACAUUGUCGCUUUAUUCGUCUUUGUCAUCGGGACACUGGGCAUCACUGGCAACGCUCUGGUUAUGUUUGCCUUCUAUAGUAACAAGAAGCUUCGUAACCUGCCUAACUACUUCAUCAUGAACUUGGCGGUUAGUGACUUCCUCAUGGCCUUCACACAGUCGCCCAUUUUCUUCAUCAACUGUCUGUACAAGGAAUGGGUGUUUGGAGAGAUGGGCUGUAAGAUGUAUGCAUUCUGUGGCGCCCUGUUUGGCAUUGCCUCCAUGAUAAACCUACUGGCCAUCUCUAUCGACCGCUACGUGGUCAUCACCAAGCCCCUGCAGGCAAUACACUGGAGCUCCAAACGAAGAACCGCCCUGGCCAUCCUCAUGGUCUGGCUUUACUCUUUGGCCUGGAGUCUGGCUCCUCUAGUUGGCUGGAGCUCUUAUAUCCCUGAGGGCCUGAUGACAUCUUGUACAUGGGAUUAUGUCACAUACACAUUGGCCAAUAGGAGCUACACAAUGAUGCUGUGUUGUUUUGUUUUCUUUAUUCCACUGGGAAUCAUCUUUUACUGCUAUCUCCUAAUGUUUCUGGCUAUAAGGAAGACUAGCAGGGAGGUAGAACGUCUGGGGACUCAGGUGAGGAAAUCCACCCUCAUCCAGCAGAAGUCUAUCAGGAGUGAGUGGAAGUUGGCAAAGAUCGCCUUUGUCGUCAUUGUGGUGUAUGUCCUCUCCUGGUCACCAUAUGCCUGUGUCACACUGAUUUCCUGGGCUGGGCAUGCCAACAUCUUGUCGCCAUACUCCAAGGCCGUCCCUGCAAUCAUAGCUAAAGCCUCCACUAUCUACAAUCCUUUCAUCUAUGCUAUCAUCCACAACAAAUACAGGAUGACUCUAGCAGAGAAGUUUCCCUGCCUUUGGUUUCUGUCUCCUACUCCUCGGAAGGAGUGCAUCUCCUCCUCCUCCAUCAGUGAGUCCUCUUUCAGGGACUCCAUCAUCAGCAGACAGUCCACAGCAUCAAGGACACACUUCAUUACAGCUUCACCCAACUCCACAGUCAUGGUAUUGAGGGAUGUAGAGAUGGAGCCUCUGGGCAAGAAGUCAUGUGAUUCCUUCAGAAGCACGUCUUCUUACAGUCAGUCUUGCAGAGGGAGGUCCUACAAGAAACAGUUAGAGCGGAAACCCUCCAAGACCCAUACAGCAGAGAAGCAUCCAUCCUCCAUGGCUGAAUCAUCCAGCACCUGUGAGCAUGAACUGGUCACCAGCUCUCUGACCAUCGCUACUCUCCCCCUACUAGUUCUUACCAGGAGGCGCAGCCAGAGUCUGACCAAUGAUAUUUCAGAUUCUGGAAAGGAAAGAUGGAGUAUCAGUGACAGGCUCAACAGCCACAAGAGCGAUUCUUUUGAUUCGCUAAAUUUCAGAAAAGUCCCAUCUACUGAUCCCAAGUCGCCUCAGGGUGUUCCACGCAUAAUCGUCAUCAGUCCGACUUCUGAAAGCAGCCUCAUCAACCAUGACAGCGUCUGCCUGGAGGAGAGCGUUGAGGCAAUGGAGAACAAUGUUUUUGUCAGUCUGAACUUCUCAUCAGAAGUCUUUGAGGCAGUGGAGCUGCUCUCUUGACGAGCUGGACUUCAGUAUUUGCCCUUGUACUCUUUUCCAAUAAAGCUAUAUUAUUUAUUAGAAUUUCAGACCACAGAUCACACCACACUCUUCUCCACAGGCCCAGACGUGUAUUGGCUGUGGACAAAGUAUUCACCCACUGAAAUCAAUAUUUGAACUGUUAUCUGUUUCUGAGCUCACUGACUCUGACCCAAUUCCAAUCCGGCCCCUACACACUCCCUCUACCCUCUCUCCCUACCUUUGCGCGUUUGUGUGAAGGGUUCGCCAUGUUAAGUGUUGUUCCAAACUAAUGACCCGUAAGUGGGAGAGGGUUAUAAAGCCCUCCAACACCGAGUGCAUCGAUGCAGGAUUAUUAUUACAAACCACACUCCCAGACGAGUGCAGCAUCACUUUGAGUCCGGGAUAGAUGAAAUGCCAUUUACCGUCCAAUGUGAGUUCUGUGUGUUUAUUUCCAAAGGACAUGUAAUAAAUUAUCUCAAACAGACAUUUUCACGCACACAUGACAAAAUUAGAGGUUACAUUGUAUUUUGGAAUGAACAUGGCACUGUCUACCACCAAAAAAACGGGAUGUGUUUUUUUAUUUGAUAUUUGAAAAAUAAACUGUUGAAAAAAUGAGGAUAUAAUUAGAUUAAGACAAGCUUGCCGUUGUAUUUAUACCCUCCCCCUUGA